AUGUCAGACUACACCACUACACAACUAACCCGGUACCUGGAGUACCUCUCGCUGCCAUCGUGCUAUGCGGAGUACAUCCAGCAGCCCGCAACAUUUCCAAAACGGGAGGAUGCGCUCAAAGAUCUCUUCCGCGGCCACAUCACACUCUUCCCGUAUGAAAACUUGACCCUCUAUUACUCCAGCACCAACCCGGUGAUUAUCCGGCCGGAUGUUGUCUACAACAAAAUGAUGGGGCCGGAUGGAGCCAGCCCAACACGGCGUGGUGGCUACUGUUUCGAAGUGAACAUCUUUCUUCACCAUAUUCUCAAGGGUCUCGGUUUCUCCGUGUAUAUGACCGGGGUGAGGAAUCGGAAACGAGUCGACGGCGUCCCUGUGGGCGACUUCAUGGGGUGGGUGCACGGCGUGAAUAUCGUAGAGCUCCCGUCAGGCAGCUCGUUCCUGGUGGACGCUGCCUUUGGCGGCGACGGUCCCACUUCGCCUCUGCGCCUGGUUUCUGGAUCUAUCUCCCAAAAUCUAGGCGCCCAGGAUGUGCGGCUGGUAAAGGGCAAUCUUCCUGGGCAGACUCGAAGAGAGCCUGAGUAUUGGCUCUACCAGUACCGGAACGGCCCCGAGAGGGAAUGGAACUCCUGCUAUUGCUUCACGGAGGUGGAAUGGUUCCACCAAGACUUCGAGGUCAUCAAUCGGUUUACGAGCUGGGAAAUGCUGGAUCGUGGCCAAGUGCUUGCGGUCAAAUUCAUUAGGAACGGCGAGAAGGGUGAAGUGGCGCAGUACCUACACGGCCUGUCGGGGUCAUCGGGGGAUAAAGACGGCGUUCAUGUGGUCGGAAAAUUGAUGCUGGUGGACAAGGCGCUUAAACUGAAUACGGGAGGGAAGACAAGAGUCAUCGAGAGAUAUGAGACCGAAGAAGAGAGGCUGCAAGCGCUCCAGAGAUGGUUCAUGAUAUCUAUUCGAUAUGAAUCAACGCCGUGA